GACAAAGGCAAAUGAAGCCAUGUUUUUGCUUACAAACAAGUAGCGUUCAUACCGCCCCGUUCUGGAUCCUCGCUCGUCCGCAGCAGCACCAGCGAAGAGCCGAACCUCUUCCCGCUGUCACUGAAUCUGUCGGGAUACUACUGAAGUAGAGUUUAGUUUUCUUUUAGAAAAAUCUAUAAAUGGGAUAUUUUACCCCAAACUGUAUCACAGCGUACUGAACACACGACGAAGACGAGAGAAGCGUCUGUCGGAGCAGCUUUCGGGAUUAUUCUUUUCCCCGCUCAGAAAAUGAGUACCGGGGGAAACUCCUGAACCAGCGCUGGACGCGAGGAGACAAGAUCAGCCGCUGCCGGCCCUCUCUCAGACUGCAGAGCCGACCGAUCAAAAUGAGUUUGGAUACUGAUGACAAGCGCACUCGCACACGGUCCAAAGCAGGAAGAGUUCCCUCAGAGAUUGUUGGACAGGAGCUGAGCUGCCCUACUCCAGGAUGCAAUGGCUCAGGCCAUAUCAGUGGCAAAUAUGCCCGACACAGAAGCGCUUUGAGUUGCCCGUUGGCCAGAAAAAGGCGCCUACAGGAAGCAGAGUCAGAGCAACCCGCCUCCAAGAGGAAGUCCCACCCGCUGAAGCUGGCAAUGGACGAAGGCUUCAACGCAGAGAGUGAGGGGAGCGGAGAAGAGACGGAGUUGAGGGAGGAAGAGGAGGAGGAUGAAGAACGGGCACAGCAGGCUGGCGAUCAAGAGUGUGAAGAAGAGGAGCAAGCCAAACAGAACACAGAGAGCAUUAGUACAGAAGAAGAGGGUGGUGAUGAAGAGGAGUGUAUCAUCAUCGAGGCGUCCAGCACAGACAAGCCCAAGCUCUCAUCCUCUGAGGACCUCUCCAACUAUCAGCACAUAGUGGCCAACUCACUGACCCACCUCAACAAUGCUCCACAACUACAGCAGCCCGGCACAGUGGAAACACAAGAUAAAAGCCCUUUUAGAGAACCAGAAGAAGAAGAAGAAGAAGAGAAAGAAGAAUAUGAAACGAGGAACGAAGUAGGAGUUCUGGUGGCUAGGGAGAAUGGAGUGAUGGGAAAUACAGGUGAGAUGGAAGAUAAAGAAGAGGACAUGCGCACUGAGACCCAGAAGGAGUCAGACCACCAGUAUUUUACUGAGGAGAUGCAGACACAACAGGCUGAAGAAGAAGAAGACGAUUAUGAUGAUGAUGAUGAUGAUGAUGAUGAUGAUGAGGGGCUGAGGUCUGAGAUGCAAAAAGGAGAGACGUACAGAGAGGAGUACAAUGAAGUUAAGUCUGAAGAUGAAGGGGAGAGAGAAGCCCCUUCGGUUAUAACCGCCACUCAGGGAUCCCACGUAAGGGAAGACUAUGUUUCCCACAAACUCACUUUGCCAGAAAGCUACAGCUCCAGUAAGGCCAACACAGCAUCUCCUGUGGUUAUCGAAGUGCAGUCCGAGGAGUCGGAGAGGGAUGCCGACGUGGACGGAAAUGAUGAUGAUGAUGACGACGACGACGAUGAUGGGGACAACGACAGCUUGUCUCAACGAUCAACAGUGGCGGACGAGUCCGAGAUGUUCGACAUAAUGCGGGGGAACCUGGGGUUGCUGGAGCAGGCCAUUGCUUUGAAAGCCCAACAGGUCAAAGCUCAUCGCGAGCUCAGCCGCAUUCCCGAACACCACCGUUUCUUUCCUCUCGACGACCGGCCCGGCAAACACAUGGACCAUAUUCGCAAGAGCUGCUUUGGAAAAGAGAGCUCUAGAUCAGAGAAGCGAGAGAUCAAAUGCCCAACCCCCGGGUGUGAUGGAACGGGUCACGUGACCGGACUCUAUCCCCACCACCGCAGUCUGUCAGGCUGCCCACACAAAGAUCGGAUCCCUCCGGAGAUUUUGGCCAUGCAUGAGAAUGUCUUGAAGUGCCCAACACCAGGAUGCACUGGUCAGGGUCAUGUCAACAGCAACCGCAACACACACCGCAGUUUGUCCGGAUGUCCCAUCGCUGCUGCCGAAAAGCUCUCGAAGAGUCAUGACAAGCAACACCUGCCCCAGCCCAUGGGCGAGCACAUCAAGGGCAGCCCGAACUCUGACCGUGUACUCAGGCCCAUGUGUUUUGUGAAGCAGUUGGAGAUUCCUCCACACGGCAGCUACAGGCCCAGCCUCGUCCCCGCCACGCCACGCGCUAAUCUGGCCAAGGAGCUGGAGAAGUACUCCAAGGUGUCCUUCGAUUAUGCAAGCUUCGACGUGCAGGUGUUUGGCAAGCGCAUGCUCGCCCCAAAGAUGCACACCAGCGAAACUUCACCCAAAGCCUUCAAAUCCAAACCUCCAUUCCCCAGGGCCUCCCCCCCAAGUCCCAGCUUGCACGGUGGUUAUGGAAAAAGCUCCUCCAGUGGCUAUGAUUAUUCCCAUGAUGCCGAAGCUGCCCACAUGGCUGCCACUGCGAUCCUCAACCUGUCCACACGCUGCUGGGAGAGACCAGAGAACCUCAGCAUCAGACACCAAGAUAAGAGUAUGGAAAUUGAGGUGGAUGAGAAUGGCACCUUGGACCUGAGCAUGAAGAAGCCCAUAAAGAGAGAAGUGGGCAUGCCUUGCGCCAGCCCUGAAGUGCGUUCCCCAGAUCUGUCUUCAUCAUCUUCAUCAUCAUCCACAUCUCUUCACCAUGGCAACAGCAGCAUCUCGCCCCACUCUUUACACACCUACAAACAAGAGGAGUGGGAGGGGCCUCUGGACUACACCAAACCCAAUCGGCAGAGAGAGGAGGAGCUAGAAGAGAUGGACCACAGCGCUCAGUCAUUUGCUUCUUCUGACCCUGAGGAUUGCGACAUGAUGCAGGACGCCCUGGAGGACAGGAAGUACCCCGGAGAGGUCACAACGCCCAGCUUUAAGGUCAGGUUCCAGCCCAAGGACGCCAAGAAAGAGCUCCUGCUGUGCCCCACUCCGGGCUGUGACGGCAGCGGACACAUCACCGGAAACUAUGCAUCCCAUCGCAGCCUGUCUGGGUGUCCUCUCGCUGAUAAGAGUCUUCGGUCCCUCAUGGCAGCACACACAGCUGAACUCAAAUGUCCAACUCCAGGAUGUGAUGGUUCAGGUCAUAUCACUGGCAACUACGCGUCUCACAGAAGUUUGUCUGGGUGUCCACGGGCCAAGAAAGGUGGAAUAAAAACAACUCCCAUCAAGGACGACAAGGAGGACUCCGAGCUCUUAAAAUGCCCAGUGCCAGGCUGCGACAGCCUGGGUCACAUCAGCGGGAAGUACGCCACUCACCGCAGUGCGUACGGAUGCCCGUUGGCGGCCAGGCGGCAGAAGGAGGGGUUGUUGAACGGGUCUCCAUUCUCCUGGAAGGCGUUUAAGACAGAAGGCCCCACCUGUCCCACACCGGGAUGUGACGGAUCGGGACACGCCAACGGCAGCUUCCUCACCCACCGCAGUCUCUCAGGCUGCCCCAGAGCCUCCCUCAACAAGAAGAAAGCCAAGUUCCCUGGAGAAGAGUAUCUCAGCACUAAGUUCAGAGCCAGUGACGUCUUAGACAAUGACGAAGACAUCAAGCAACUCAAUAAAGAAAUCAAUGAGCUCAAUGAAUCCAACCAUGAGAUGGAGGCAGAUAUGGUCAACCUUCAAACGCAGAUCACAUCUAUGGAGAAGAACCUGAAGAACAUCGAGCAGGAGAACAAGGUGAUUGAAGAACAGAAUGAAGCGCUGUUUAUGGAGCUGUCUGGACUCAGUCAAGCUCUUAUACGGAGUCUGGCCAACAUCCGCCUGCCUCACAUGCAGGAGCCAAUCACAGAGCAGAAUUUCGAGAGCUACGUGAGCACCCUAACUGACAUGUACACCAAUAAGGACUGCUACCAGAACCCAGAGAACAAGGCCCUUCUGGAGACCAUCAACAAGGCGGUGAAAGGCAUCAAGGUCUGACUAGGCCAGAAGACGAGAAUGAGAAAUAGAAACGUAGAGCCAUGGGAAGAGCGUACAAAUGACACACAAAAAGGGCAUUCAGGUUUUUUUGAACAACAAUCUAAACCUCCAUCCCAGGGAGCAAUUCUGUGAGUUCAAAAAGAGGUAUAUAAUAUAUAUAUAUAUAUAUUACUAUAAGGACCAAAAUCCACAAAAGCUGCUGGAUUGGAAGGCGAAGAUGGAACCAAAUUCUUUAUUUACAAAGAAAAGGAGAGACACAAACCUAGUUUUCUUUAGUUUUUGCUUUUACAUUCAAACGGUUCUGGAAGAAGGAUCUGGGAGUCGAACCUCCAGAAGAUGUGCUGCCCAGGCGAAAGAGAGUCUUUUACUGGUUUGUGAGGAAACAACAAAUGUGACGCUCCAAGCGAUCCCUACGUGAGCCCCGGCAGAACAGACAUAUGCAGCGUUUGCUCGCCUUUCCUCGUUUUCCCGAAGAAAACGGAAGCGAUCACGGGAAAUGAGAGGAUGCUGUGCGUGCGCAAGCAUAUCAGUGCCAUGCGGUUGACUCUGUAAAUUCCACUUGUUGAAAUCUCAGCAGCCAUUUCGUUUGUUUUGUUUUCGAGCGACACACAGGCACAUCAGCUUGCUCUCCUUUAUUUGUUAGUCCUUACACUGUAGGAAUAUUUACCCAGCGUAGUCAUAUCUAUUACAUGUGAACAAUGAGUUGCACUUCAUUUCAGUGCAUUCAACAUCAGACAAGAUGUUGGAUUGUCACUGAUCUAUAAAUGAUACGAAAUUUGUCCAGACUCUACUGUAAUUUAUUUAUAUUUUGUUAUAAUUUAAUUAUUUAUUUGAAUUCACCUAUUUAAAUAUUCACAGCCCUUCUGUUUAUGAAAAUGUGACGAGGAACUUGCCACAACAAUAUUUGGAAAGAGAGAGAGAGAGAGAGAAAAAAAAAAAGAAAUGUACCACUAAUUUUUAUAACUUCUUUUCAUUUGAUGAUAGAGUUUUUAAACAUUUUUUAAGUGCAAAUAUUUUUAACCAACAAUGUUUUGAUAAUUUUGUAAUUUUUUUUCUCCUUCUCUCUACCUGUAUAUCUAUCUCUAUCUCUAGCUGUCUCUGUUUGCAUUUGAUUUGAUUUGAUUUUCUAACACAGCUGAAGGAGAAGUAUAAUCUCUAUUUAUUAUUUAUUUAAUAUUUAUGAUGAUGAAAUUAUGAACUGUGAUACGGUUGUAAUGUAUAUUUAUUUUGUAACGUCUUCGUGUGUUUGUGAAGUCUUAGUAGUCUUGAAGAACCUUUGGCGAUAUAAAAAUAAAGACAAAAAACAUGUUUUGGACUACAGAAUAAAACAUGAUGAUUAUCGAGGGUUUUCCUUAUACCAGCAUUACUUCCUCUAGGAAUGUAAAGAGAGAAAAAAAAGCAAUUCCAGUACUGUGGAACCUACAGCUUUGACUCUUUCCCCGUCCGUCUCAACAGGAGGACGACGUUCUUCUGGAUCUUCGUGCUUUUUUGUUUUGUUUGUUGUUGUUUUUAUACCUCCUCAAGCUCUCAGUAGUGGCCAAAAACUGUUUCCCCUGAAUGAUCCUAAUGAAUUGCAAAUGGAUUAUUUCUGCUUUCGGGCGUUUUUGUGGCGGGGGCACGGGAGACGAAAACCAACCAUCCUGACGGAAACUCUUGAACCACAAUGUCCUUACUCGACUAGUAUCAAACAAGCAUACACCCGUGUAGCCUUAUACUAGAUUUUUAUUUCUUCGAUGCACAAAGUGCCACUGACCUGUGCUUUCGUUACCAACUCCGCCCAUUCAGCACCCUCGGGUCAUGUGACCGUGGCCUACGUGGGGAUUGUUACAGAUGCCUUUAUUCCUUUGCCGUGAUGGCCAUACCUACACAAUAUAUUCAUUCUGUAUUUAAAAGAAAAAAGACAAAAAAACUAUAUAUAGUAUAUAAACAUACAUAUAUUUUUACAGUGUAAUUGUUAACUCUUUUUUCUCUUAUAAUAGCUAAACAGAAACAAUAUCUUUCCAAAAGCUGUGAGUACUACUAUCCAUAGAAGACUAAAUACUAUAAAAAGAAAAAAGACAGACCCAGUUUACUGUGGUUGCAGGAUACAAUGUGUUUUUUCUUUUUUUUUGUAACAUGUAAACGUACAUUUGUAAAGCGAAGAAUACGAGGAUGUUUGUAGAGUUUCCUAUUUUCUGGUCCAAGCUCACUGGGCCUCUAUAUGUGUGUCGGGGCAAUGAUUAGUCUUAGGCCGUAAUCGUUUAGACGCAUUGUAGUGUGCUGAAAGUUCUCCUCGGUGGAUCUGUCUUUAGUAUUGUACGGUGUUGUGCAGUUCUGGUGGAACACGCCACACUAGAUACGUGUGUAAAAUGCCAAUCAUCGCAAUGACAACACUGUAUGACUCAUAAUAGCGAGUUGUGAAAUGAACAUUGUGCCUCUUUUCAGCCGGUGGUUUCUUUAAAUAGUACACAGCGGUCAUGUUGUUCAUUUGCUUUAAUGGCAGCAAUAUUGUGAUGGACAGAACAUGUGUGCACUUUUCAAAAAUCUUGAAUGCCAACUAAUGACCUUUCAACUAAAAGGUUUUUCUUUAUGUGCGCGCGAGCGUGUUGGCUGAUUCUUUUAUUAUUUUUUUAUUUUGAGAAAAAAAAAAAAAAAAGGCUAUUCGUUGCACCUAACAGAGUUGGGAUGAAAUAUCGCAAAUGUCUUUCUUUGACUUGUUUGUUGUUGUUUAAUGUGAAUCUGCAUCCUGUCUGAAAUGCCCUUUGACCCAAGUUUUCUCUGUUUUUAGCCCUUAUCCAUCCGAAUCAGAUCUGUUAGUCCUUUUGUUAAAACGAAAACCCGUGAAAUGCGCCGGUAUGAGCGUUUGCUUGGAGAUUGUCAUUGGCGUGCCCUCGCACACGGAGAAAACGGAGGAGAUGCAUAAAUCUUUGUCCAUUUCCACAGAAUGUCAGAUCCUCUGCCGGCCUCAUUCGCCUCGUUCUCUGUAACCUUUCCGCGGGAAAGGUGUGUGCGUUGCAUUUCAAUAUCGCAGCGUUUCCUUUGCUUCAAGAGGAAUCUAAAGACCUUGUCUAUCAGUAACAGCAGAAUUUUCAUUAGAGUUCUUCCUCCUAUUAAACUGCGUAGAGGGAAUACUCACUGCGGAUGUCAUAUCGUCUUAUUACGACGGGAGAAACAUUUCUAUCUGCUUAUUACUGCUGACAUGAGAUAGCCUAAAGCAUGUGUGAAUUAUUCUUCCUCGGUGCAUGCUUCUUAAACGCCCGCUGUCGGUGACGACGAGCAGCUACGAAUGUUGCGCGGUGAGGCUGAGUGUGGUGAAUCUGCCUAAUAAUGUAGCAUGUUCUCUGGAGCAGUGUAGCAUCUGCAAAUGCAAGUUAGAAUACGUAACCCCUCCCCGAGGAACCAGAUAAGGGUUUGUAACGGAUCGGUUUAGCACCUCGUACUCGAGAGUCCGGCCUUUCCGAGAAAAAAAAGGGUUCCUGUGUAAUUUCAUGAGAAACGAUAACAGUUCAAAAGUCAGAAGGCUUAACACGACACUGUUUGUCCCAUUAAGCUGAUAUAACCAAAACGGCCCUCGCUCUGUAGGUACUGUAGCUUACAGCUCUGUGGUUUUCUCAUGUGUGCCUUUUCUCGCUUCUGUUCGCUGCAGGAAAGGGUGUGUUUACAUUUAAGGACUGGGUUCAAAUCCCACUCAGGACGCCAACUUUUCUCCGUUUUUUUUCUUUUGGGGGUGGGGUGGGGUGGGGGGUGAUAGGAAUUCAACAAAGUGGUGAACACCAAAAGCAGAUCAUAUUGAAAUCGACAUUCAGCUUAUUGUUCCACAUGAAAUAAAUCACAUUAUGUAACACUAUUCUUCCCAAAACUGUGAUUCUGAUUCAGGUAUGAAAUUGUGUGGUGGUUCAUUUCAUCGAGUCUGAAAUACGCAUUUAUGCACGGGCAUUAUUCUGACAACAAUGGGAUUCUGUACAUUUGUAAUAAAGGACAGUGUUGUUGUAUUAAAGAAUAUUUCCAAGUAAAUUAUGAGAAAAAACAAAAACAAAAAAACACUUGUAUUUUAACCCACGGCCAAGGCUUGUCCUCUUGCGUUCUUUUUAUAGAGAUCAGCUAUUUUUACUGGUGAUUUUGUAGCCACAAAAUUUAGAAAAAUGGUACUUCCAAAAAUAAUAAUAAUAAGCACUUCCACAGUGAUAGACUACAUGUUUUAGUCACUUUUGUAGCAGUGGUAGUUUUUAUUUCAGUAGAGCAGGACAAGCUAUGGCUGUGCGUGAUGCGAGGUGACUUUGGAAAUGUGUAGUUGGUUUUGGAUUGUGACCGUGUUUGUGUAUCCUUGUACCUGUGCUCAUUGAUAUCAGUGUUAAAAGAGAACAAUAAUGUCUGUUUUGUGGAGGUAUUGUUCAUUCAGUGUUAUAUAUGGAAAACUUAAAUAAAGAGUCAAUAAUGUGA